AUGUGGGAUCGGUGUGACAAGCUGGAAUGGCAAUGUCAGCUACUCAUGCAGAUAUGGGUAGAGGGCCGCCUUUCCAAGACACCGGGUGAGCUGAUGGCCCAGCACAGAAACGGACACAAAGCCGGGUGGCCAUGGGCGCCUAGCCGGAAGUGCAUGGAGUGGGACCUGGUGCCACACCGGAAGAAAAACGCCCUCACGCAGAGGCUGUCAGGAGAAGUCCAGGCGGCUAUCUGGCUGUGUGGCUCUGCUGUCGAACUGCGAGGGCCCAACACGGGAAGCUCUAGAGAGAUGAACUGGGUCGGGGGCUCACGGACCAGGGUUCUAAUAAAGCAAGAAAGAAGAAAGCAGAAGGAGUACUUUGAAAAGAAUAAGUUAAAAUCAAAAAUUAAAUCUCUAGGAGUUUGUCCACCUGUCAAGAACCCCACUGCCAGUUUAGACCUUCUUAACCUGUACAUGGUAAAUCAGAUAGCGUCCAAGAAGAAAACACCUGAAACCAUGAAAAGACCAACACAUGUGAAUAUGAAUAGAGACUGGAAAAUUCCACUAAGAAAGCAUGUGUUAGACCUUCCAAUGUCACCUCAUUGUGUACCUUCCAAACUGUGCAUCGAUGACAUGGGGACUAAUCCAGAAACUGGUGCUUUCCUUACUAAAAGAUCUGUGUUCAUGGGUGAAGAUUGUGGAAGCCUGUGUGAACGAAGACAACCAGACUUUGCUAUGGAAAAAACAGCGGUGCAACAGAUUUGGAGGAAUGAUGGGAAAGCAUUCUCUAAUUUUUUAGAACAUGUGAUCCCGCCAACUUGGAGACAUCCAUCAUCCAAUCACGACAUGGACUCCUUUGUGAGUCCCAAUAUGAUCAAUUUACUAAGCAGAGAUCAGCCGGGGAGAAUGUCAGCCUUUCACAAGUGUGGCUCUGGUAGUUUGAGUGACUCCUGUGUAGAUUUUUCUGAUGAAAGCCAUUACACUGGUGGGUGCAUUAAUGGAGAUUUGACAGUUCCUCGGACAGCUUCUUAUAGUCCUCCACUUAGUACAAGUUACUUAGGAACAUGUCAGGCAACGAAGCCCUACCAGAAGGAGUACAGCGAUAGUGAAAUAAAUGAAUUUAGAAGCUCUUUUGAGAAAGACUGUCACCUAACCAGCUGUGGAAGAAAAGAUCUGGAGUCUUCGCAGAGCAGCCAGUCCGCCAGCUACUCUCCACGACUGAUGGGGAGUACAUUCAGCUCGAGUUCGGAUUUGGUAUCUGAAGAUGAAGAUCAAAUCCAGCAGCAAAUUGAAGAUUCAAAUAAGAAAGACACAGAAACAGCUGAUAAUUUUUGUCAAGAAAAGUUGGUAGAUCAUUUAGGUGACAUAAUUGUGGAAGACAAUGUCAAAAUUCAUAAUUUUCACGAGUCUCCAGUGAAAAAUAAUACUGAUACAUUUCCAGAGUUUCAGUACAAUUCAGAACAUACCUCACAAAACAAAAUCAGUAACAACUGUGUGCUUCAGGCUAGAAGAUGUGAUGUAGGGGUACAGACAGAGAAAGAGCUGGCUAUGGGGGAAACAGCUGAUGUUGCCGUACAGUGUACCAUAAUCUCCCAAUGUUCAUGUAAAAGCAGUCCCAAUGUUCCUGUAAAAGAGGUACCUUCCCUUCAUAAGGCUGGCAGCUAUAGUGAAGAUAUCAGGACAGAUACCUCUGGAGGGCAGGAAACACUUAAAGAUAACUCAUUCUAA